AUGGCGCUGCCGCCCCGAACGCGCGCGCGUCCCGGCAACGGGCGCGCCGACUCCGACGGCGGCGAGCGCAAGCCGCGGAGCGUCAAGUUCGCGUGCACCAUGGAGAAGAGCGCCCCGCACAGGGUGCUCGCCGCGCGGGGAUGGCGGGAGGUUGACGACGACUCGUGGGACGUCAUGUGGGCGGACACCGCCUGGGUACACGACAACGUCACGUACAACGUCACGACCCAGCCGCAGCGGCUGAGGGAGAAUCAGCGCGUGAACCACUUCCCGAACCACGUCGAGCUCACCCGCAAGGACCUGCUCGCCAAGAACGUCAAGCGCGCCAAGCGGCAGGCGGAGAAGGACGGAAGCGACCCGAGCGAGUUUGAUUUCAUCCCAAAGACGUACGCGCUCCCGGGGGAGGGGCAGAUGCUGCUGAGGGAUUUCCGGGAAAAGGGAGGGACGUGGAUCAUGAAACCCAUCGGCAGGGCGCAGGGCACCGGCAUCUUCCUCGUGAACAAGGCGAAGCAGAUCGAGGACUGGCUCAAGAAGCGCGGGACCGACGUCGCGGAGAACAAGCUCUCCGACGACUACGUGUGCCAGCGCUACGUCGACAACCCUUACCUCGUGGACGAUCGCAAGUUCGACAUGCGGAUAUACGUGCUCUGCCUCAGCUACCAGCCGCUCAAGGUGUACCUGUACCGCGAGGGAUUCGCGCGGUUCGCCAACACCCCGUACAGCACCGCCAAGAGCGACCUCAAGAAUCAGUACAUCCACCUCACCAACCACGCGAUUCAGAAGCGCGACGUCGACUACGACCCGGAGGUGGACGACCUCAAGAUGCCCAUACGGGACCUGUACGCGCAUAUUUUAUCCAAACACGGUCAGGAGGCGGCGGACAAGUGCUUCGCGGGCAUCCACUCCGUCAUAAUAAACGCGCUGAGGAGCGUGCAGCAGGUGAUGAUCAACGACAGGCACUGCUACGAGCUCUACGGGUACGACGUCAUGAUCGACGAGAACCUUCGACCGUGGCUCAUCGAGGUGAACGCGUCCCCGUCCAUGAGCAGCGACUCGCAGACGGACGCGGACCUGAAGGCGGCGCUAUUGGACGACACGUUCACGGCCCUGGACGCGGAGGAGAUGUUCGAGGGGAGGACGCCGCCGAGGGUGGGCGGGUUCGACCUGGUGUGCGACGAAAACGCGCUGACGAGAACCGCCGAGUGGGGGGGUCUGCCCACGCUGCUCGGAGCGGACAACAGCGACAGGCUCGAAGCGCUGGAGAGGCUGCGGCGGUGCUCGUGGUGGCGACGGGGAUGCCCCCGAUAG